AUGGCGGACCAAAACAUUUCCCAGUACAAGUACUCGGCGAUGUCGAACCUGGUUCUCCAGGCCGACCGCCGGUUGUACUCGCGAAAUAAAGACGAGAACACUGGAGACCCGGAGUCUCUUGCCGGACGCCUGAAUAUUCGGGACAUGGGUUCGCGAGUUGCCAGAGAACAAGCUCCUAAGCCGAAGAAGAUGGCACCCGGACUGGGAAUGGAGAGAGGAACAAUCCACGAAGGCGAAGACGUCCUGGAACGAGAACGGCGGAAACGAAAGCGGGGUGAGCCUGCACAGACUCGAGGUGCUGGCAUUCUGUCUGCGGGAGAUGCACUGAUAGAAGGACUCAAAUAUCGUCCUAGGACUCCUGCCACCCGAGCCACCUACGACUUACUGCUCACCGUGACUGCCAAUGCGCUGGGUGAUGUCUCGCAAGAAAUUGUCCGAAGCGCAGCGGAUGCAAUCCUCGAAUUCCUCAAGGACGACAAUAUGAAGGACUUGGACAAAAAGAAAGAGGUGGACGAAAUCGUUGGGACAACAAUGACUCCGAAGGAAUUCAACGAACUCGUCAAUCUGGGAAAAAAGAUCACAGACUAUGAUGCGCAGGACGAAGACGAAGACAUGGCUGAUGGGGACGAAGCCGAGCUUGACGAUCGACAAGGUGUUGCAGUCGUAUUCGACGAAGACGAUGAAGACGAAGACGGCAUCGCCAGAACAUACGAGGUGCGAGAUGAGGAUGAAGACUCCGAUGAGGAGGAUGAUAUCCAGGAUCAACCUGACGAUGAAGCUGCGACGGCCGGUGGCGCGGGCGCGCCUGAUAUUGAUCCAGAUGAUGAAGACACGGGAAUGGUACUAGACAGCGGCAUUGCGGAUUCUUCGCGACGGAAAAGGGAGGACUCCGAUCUUGUGCCUAUACAUGAAAUCGACGCGUACUGGCUUCAGCGACAAAUCGGGUCAAUAUAUCCAGACGCUCAUAUCCAGCAACAGAAGACUCAAGAUGCGCUGCAAAUUUUGUCCGGAAAGUCACUCGAGGGUGAGGAUAUAUCCCUUCGUGAUAUUGAGAACGACUUGAUGGACUUGUUUGACUAUGAGCAUCCGGAAAUGGUCGGGAAACUUGUGAGCAACCGUGACCGGAUCGUAUGGGCAACCAGAUGGCGGAGGGUGGCUGAAGAUACUGACGCCCGGAAUCUACUCGAAGUUGAAAUGGUUGAAGCUGGCCAACGUGCUAUCCUCAAUGAGUUACUGGGCGAUCAAGAGGCUGGUGCUGAGGGCCCUCGACCUUCAAAGAAAAUGAAGCUCGAUCUUAUGGACAUUGACAUCCCAAAAGCACAGACCGACUCUCAAGAAGAGAAGAAAGAUGGUGCUCUAUCUGGUGGCCUGCAACCUCAGCGAUUGAUUAAUCUUGAAAAUCUGGUCUUUGAGCAAGGAAACCAUCUGAUGACAAAUCCAAAGGUCGUCCUACCUCAAGGCUCAACAAAGCGGACGUUCAAGGGCUACGAAGAGAUCCAUGUUCCUGCACCCAAGGCUAGGAUAGAUCCUGGUGAAAAGUUGGUGCCGACGACCGACCUGCCUGACUGGGCCAGGCAGGGUUUUGGCUCUGCAAAGAGUCUCAACAGAAUCCAGUCAAAGUGCUACCCCUCGGCCUUUGGCGAUGACGGUAAUAUGCUUGUCUGUGCGCCCACUGGAUCAGGCAAAACGAACGUGGCCAUGCUCACCAUGCUUCGAGAGAUCGGCAAGCACCGAAAUCCAGAGACCGGAGAGAUCAUGUUAGACGACUUCAAAAUCAUCUAUAUUGCUCCACUCAAAGCAUUGGUUCAAGAGCAAGUGGGUAAUUUUGGUAAGCGACUAGAGUCAUAUGGCAUCCGAGUGUCAGAGUUGACCGGAGACCGACAACUUACCAAGCAACAAAUCGCGGAUACUCAAGUCAUCGUGACAACUCCCGAGAAAUGGGAUGUCAUCACUCGAAAGGCCACGGACCUCAGCUAUACCAGACUUGUUCGACUGAUCAUCAUCGAUGAAAUCCACUUACUGCACGAUGACCGUGGCCCUGUGCUAGAGAGCAUUGUAAGCAGGACAAUUAGGAAGAUGGAACAGACUGGCGACCCUGUACGCAUUGUCGGAUUGAGUGCAACUUUACCAAACUAUAGAGACGUGGCUACGUUCCUACGAGUUGACCCUGCGAAGGGUUUGUUCCACUUUGACGGAUCAUUCAGACCUUGCCCCCUUCGACAAGAGUUCAUCGGUGUGACAGACAAGAAAGCCAUCAAGAUGCUCAAGACUAUGAACGAUGUCUGUUACGCGAAGGUCAUGGAACAUGUCGGCACAAACCAGCAGCAGAUGUUGAUAUUCGUACACUCUCGAAAAGAAACUGCUAAAACGGCGAAGUACAUUCGCGACAAAGCCGUGGAGGCGGAGACUAUCGGCCAGAUAAUGCGAACAGAUGCAGCUAGCAGACAAAUUUUACAAGAGGAAGCUGAUCAAGUCCAUGAUGCGAAUCUAAAGGACCUUAUGCCCUAUGGCUUCGGUAUUCACCACGCUGGUAUGAGUGCUGCCGAUCGUUCUUCGGUUGAGGAUCUCUUCGCCGAUGGAUCUCUUCGUGUCCUCGUCUGUACCGCCACUCUGGCUUGGGGUGUCAAUCUUCCAGCCCAUACUGUCAUCAUCAAAGGCACUCAGGUCUAUUCGCCUGAGAAGGGUAGUUGGGUUGAGCUCAGUCCUCAGGACGUGCUACAGAUGCUUGGCCGUGCCGGUCGACCGCAGUAUGAUGUUUAUGGUGAAGGUAUCAUUAUAACAUCUCAAGCAGAGAUACAAUACUACCUGUCUCUACUGAAUCAGCAGCUGCCGAUCGAGAGCCAGCUCAUGAGCAAACUUGCGGACAACUUGAACGCCGAGAUCGUCCUCGGCAAUGUUCAAAGCCGAGAUCAGGGAGUUGAAUGGUUAGGCUAUACCUACUUGUUCGUCAGGAUGAUUAGGUCCCCAGGUCUAUACAGUGUUGGUGCGGACUACAGCAAUGACGAUGCUCUCGAGCAGAAGAGAGUCGACCUUAUACACUCUGCCGCUGUGGUUCUCGAGAAGGCAGGUUUAGUCAAGUAUGACAAGACCACUGGCAAACUACAAGCCACGGAUCUUGGACGAAUUGCUUCCCACUAUUACAUCACCCACCACUCCAUGCUGACCUACAAUAUGCAUCUCCAGCCGUCGAUCAGCACAAUUGAGCUCUUCCGCGUGUUUGCUCUGAGCGACGAGUUCAAGUACAUUCCGGUGCGGCAGGACGAGAAACUCGAAUUGGCGAAACUCUUGGGCAGAGUUCCGAUUCCUGUCAAGGAAGGUAUGGAGGAACCACAAGCCAAGAUCAAUGUUCUGCUCCAAGCAUAUAUCUCUAGGCUCAAAUUGGAAGGACUUGCACUUAUGGCAGAUCUCGUAUAUGUCACGCAGUCUGCUGGUCGUAUCCUUAGAGCAAUCUUCGAGAUAUGCCUAAGAAAGGGCUGGGCCUCAGUAGCCAAAGUUGCACUUGAUCUCUGUAAGAUGGCAGAGAAGCGGAUGUGGCCAACUAUGACCCCUCUGAGACAAUUCCCAAUGUGCCCCCGGGAGUACAUUCAGAAGGCUGAACGAAUGGAAGUUCCUUGGUCAAGCUACUUUGACCUUGACCCCCCUCGGAUGGGAGAGUUGCUGGGAUUACCAAAAGCCGGCCGCGUCGUUUGCGAUCUUGUGUCGAAAUUCCCGCGACUGGAGGUACAAGCCCAAGUUCAACCCAUGACAAGAUCAAUGUUACAUGUUGAGCUCACCAUCACACCUAAUUUCGUCUGGGACGAUGCUUUGCAUGGCACCGCGGAGUCGUUCUGGAUUAUUGUGGAGGAUUGUGACGGCGAGGAGAUCCUUUUCCACGAUCAAUUCAUUCUCCGAAAAGAAUUUGCACAAGGUGACAUGACUGAGCAUCUGGUUAACUUUACUGUCCCCAUCAGCGAGCCCAUCCCGCCGAAUUACUUUAUCACUCUAGUGUCGGACCGAUGGAUGCAUUCAGAAACUCGAGUUCCAGUGUCAUUUCAAAAACUCAUUCUCCCAGAACGAUUCCCACCACAUACACAACUUUUGGAUCUGCAACCCGUGCCAGUACAAGCACUCAAGGUCAAAGAAUAUGUCGACCUGUAUCCUAACUGGGAUCGAUUCAACAAAAUCCAAACUCAAGUCUUCAAGUCUUUGUACGACACCGACGAUAGUGUGUUCGUUGGUGCGCCGACGGGCAGCGGCAAGACUGUCUGUGCCGAGUUUGCCUUGUUAAAACAUUGGAAGAACCCUGAAGCUGGCAAAGCAGUUUAUGUGGCACCUUUCCAGGAACUGGUUGACAUUCGUGUCGCAGACUGGCAAGAGCGGCUCUCUAAUAUUGGCGGAGGAAAGACUAUCUCUACACUCACAGGUGAGAUCACCGCUGAUCUGCGAAUACUCGAUCAGUCAGAUCUUGUCCUGGCAACUCCGACUCAAUGGGAUGUCCUAUCCCGACAGUGGCAACGUCGCAAGAACGUUCAGAAUGUGGAACUGUUUAUUGCCGAUGAGCUGCACAUGCUUGGAGGCGAGAACGGUGCCAUUUACGAGGUCGUCGUCUCAAGAAUGCAGUAUAUCCACAUCCAGCUUGAGAACAAGAUGCGAAUCAUUGGGCUCAGCGUUCCCUUGUCCAACGCCAGAGACGUUGGCGAAUGGAUCGGAGCGAACAAGCACACCAUUUACAACUUUAGCCCUAUGGCUCGACCUGUCGGGUUAGAGCUUCAUAUUCAGUCGUUCAACAUCCCUCAUUUCCCAUCGCUGAUGAUGGCCAUGGCCCGUCCUGCGUACCAAGCAGUUCUCCAACUGUCUCCCGACAAGCCUGCUAUCAUCUUCGUGCCUGGAAGGAAACAAGUUCGAGCUACAGCUGUGGACAUCCUCUCGGCCUGCAUUAUCGACGAUGAUGAUCAGCGGUUCCUGCAUACCAACGUUGAGGAACUGGCACCUUUCCUGGAACGCAUCCACGAGCGAGCCCUCGCUGAGUCUCUAAGCCAUGGCAUUGGCUAUUAUCACGAGGCUCUUUCAAUCAGCGACAAACGCAUCGUGUCUCAUCUGUUCAAGAUCGGCGCGAUCCAGGUCAUGCUCGCUUCUCGGGACGUCUGCUGGGAGAUACCGUUCACUGCACACCUCGUCAUCAUCAUGGGAACACAAUACUUCCAGGGCCGCGAGCAUCGGUAUGUGGACUACCAGAUCAGCGAGAUCCUGCAGAUGUUCGGCCGCGCGUCCCGACCUGGCCAGGACAGACUGGGCAAGGGUGUGCUCAUGGUGCCUCAAGUCCGCCGCGAGUACUACAAGAAGUUCCUGAACGAGGCUCUACCCAUCGAAUCGCAUCUCGCGCUGUCUCUUCAUGAUGCGUUUGUGACGGAGAUCAGCACCAAGACCAUAACAUCCACGCAAGACGCCGUCGACUGGACGACAUACACGUACUUCUACCGACGUCUCCUCGCAAACCCGUCAUUCUACGGGCUCAACGACACGUCGCACGAAGGCCUGAGCGCGUUCUUGUCAGAACUGGUCGAGACGACGCUCAAAGAACUAAGCGAGGCCAAGAUCAUCGACCUCGACGAUGAAGACGACUCGGUGUCGCCUCUCAACCCGGCCAUGAUCGCAGCCUACUACAACAUCAGCUUUAUCACGAUGCAGACGUUCCUCCUCUCCCUGACGGCGCGGACAAAGCUCAAGGGCAUGCUCGAAAUCGUCACGUCGGCGACGGAAUUCGAAGGGAUCCAAAUGCGCCGACACGAAGACCACAUCCUGCGCCGCAUCUACGACCGCGUGCCCGUCAAGAUGUCCGAGCCCGCGUACGACAGCCCGCACUUCAAGGCCAUGGUGCUGCUCCAGGCGCAUUUCUCGCGCAUGCAGCUCCCCAUCGACCUGGCCAAGGACCAGGAAGUCAUCGUGUCCAAGAUGCUCGGCCUGCUCUCGGCCUGCGUCGACGUGCUCAGCAGCGAGGGCCACCUCAACGCCAUGAGCGCCAUGGAGAUGUCCCAGAUGGUCGUGCAGGCAAUGUGGGACCGCGACAGCCCCUUGCUGCAGAUCCCGCACUUCGACGCCCGCAUCGUCGACGUCCUCGCCCGCCACGGCGUCAAGGACAUCGACGAGUUCAUGACCGCCAUGGACCCCAGCGAGAACCCGGACCAGCCGAAGCUGGUCGCCGAAAUGGGCCUGACGAACCGCCAGCUCGUCGACGCCGCAAACUUUACAAACUCCAAGUACCCCAGCCUGGAACUGGAGUUUGACGUGCUCGAGAAAGACGACGUCACCGCCGGAAGCCCGAGUUACCUCGCCGUCAAGAUCAGCAGGGAGACCGAGGAAGAGGAAGAAGAAGACGACGACGACGACGACGAAGAAGGAGGAGGAGGAGGAGGGGCGGGGAAGGGUGGCAACGACGAGGUCGACUUGACCGUCCACGCGCCCUUCUAUCCCGCCAAGAAGCUGGAGAACUGGUGGCUUGUCGUCGCGGAGGAAAAGACCCGGUCUCUGCUCGCCAUCAAGCGGGUGACGAUAGGCAAGAACCUCGCGACAAAGUUGGAGUACGUGGUGCCGACUCCCGGGAAGAAGGACCUCACCCUCUUCCUCAUGUCGGACUCGUACGUGGGUGUCGACCAGAGCAUGGCGUUUAGUGUCGACGUCGCCGAGGGGAUGGACGAAGACGAAGACGAGGAGGACGAGGAAGAGGAGGAAGAUGAAUAG